CACAUACUUUAUGACUAGAUUCCUGUAGUUUUUAUGCUAUCAUCGCACUUCCGCAAAACGAUCUCAUCGACUGAACAGCCUUCAAGAUCUGCGCAGAGCACCACAGCGACAGGUGUACACACCGGAAACACCACCAAAACAGCAGGAAUCUUCUUGUGUAAGUCAUGGAUAAGAACAUUCAACAGGAUUUUGAGAACCAGUUCAAUGAUGUGGUCUCAAGACUACAGUCGAAGAACAUGUUUCAGUCGGACUGGGACAUUGCCUCGUUUGCGGUUUUCUUCAUCUUUAUAGGCAUGGUGCUGUUGCUGGUCAUCUUGGUCCUCAUCCGCUGCUGUUGUUGCUGCUGCUGUGAUGAGAAGCCAAGAAGACAGAAGGUGGGCAUCGACAAUAUGGCAAUGGAGCCGUGAUCUUCCACAAUCGACAGGCACCAUUACUGUACAUCUACUUAGUUCAUCAGUUAUGCCACCUAAUCAUUAUUUAUACGUGAACAAGUAAAAUAAUGGAGGAAAGAGAAAUAUAUUUUAGGUAGAUGCUUCCUUAUAGGGAUGAUAAAUGCAAAAACCUUUCCCUAUUGUGUAAAAAUGCUGUUAAUAUUUACUCAGGAAAUCACAUGAUUUAAAUAGCAUUGUCCCAUUACCAGAUCCACUUCAUCAGAUUUUAUAUAAACGCAUGCUCACCAGGUUUUGAAGACAUUGGUUAUUUAGAAACACUUUAUUGAAGCAAUAGCAACUUUCCUGGAUGGAUCCAGUGCAAAUGGCCUCUAUUGAAAUGAACUUGUUUUUAGUCAUUCUUUGAACAACAUGUUUUUAGUCAUUCUUUGAACAGUAUGUUUAAUCUGUUCAUCUGGAAUUUAGCUGUUAAAACUGGUCUUCCCAGAUGCCACUAACCUGCAAUCUCUUCCUGUAAGUGUUUUUAGUGGAUUUCUUUCAAAUGCUUGACUUUUAAUUCUGAAAUUUAUACAAUACUGUACCUUCACACUGUGUAAGAUUUAAAAUAUAGAGAGAAAAAAAAGGUUAAAAUGGCAAACGAUUUUCAAGCAGAUAAGCAAUGCUUUACUUGUGAAAAAUCUUACCUUAGAAAACGAGUAUCAAUAUUUGUUUAACUUUUUUAUAAUGUACCACAUUGUUUGUAUAACUUUUAGACUUUGUAAACCCAAAAUAAAUAAAAUGCAUACCUUUAAAUGAACAGCAUAUAGCAAAUAAAA